CUCAUCUUGCGUUGUUUAGACUGUUUUUUUCGCCCCCCUCCCCCCUUCCGUCUUUUUUUUUAUCGGAUAAUGUGGACCUUCAAAGCGCUCGGAGUAUGACAAAAGAUUUUAGAAUGCUGGACUUGUGCUGCUCGUUUCGUUCCUCUCUUUUUACUUAAAUGCCAACACGGUGAAUGCGUCGGACAGAGUGGACAAGCCUGCUAGUGGUCCGCAUUCAGAAAGUCAACAUCUUGUCUUUCUUGAUUUUAUUUUUCUCUGGAGCGACUUCAGAAGGAUGUAACGACCGAUCCACCUUGCGUAGCUGAAGUCUUCUCGUUAAAAUGCAGAAGGGAAUACGACUUAAUGAUGGUCAUGUCACCUACCUGGGGCUUUUGGCAAAAAAGGAUGGUACAAGACGAGGGUGCUUGAGCAAAAAGAGCUCAGACAACACGAAAUGGCACACAAAGUGGUUUGCUUUGUUACAAAAUAUGCUCUUUUAUUUUGAGAACGAGUCCAGCUCUCGACCCUCGGGAUUAUACCUGUUGGAGGGAUGCAUAUGCGACAGGGCGCCUUCACCGAAACCUUCACAAUCAGCCAAGGAGUGUUUGGAAAAGCAGUACUAUUUCACCGUCAGCUUCACCCAUGAAAACCAAAAGGCGCUCGAGUUACGCACAGAAGAUGUAAAGGACUGCGAUGAAUGGGUGGCUGCAAUAUCACACGCCAGUUACAGAAACUUGGCCAACGAGCAUGAGACUCUCAUGCAGAAGUAUCUUCAUCUGCUUCAGAUUGUGGAGACGGAGAAAACAGUUGCUAAGCAACUUCGACAACAGAUAGAAGAUGGAGAAAUAGAGAUUGAAAGGCUUAAGUCAGAGAUCUCUGGGCAUCUCAAAGACAACGAGAAGAUUCACGCCAGCCCUGCAGCCACCCCAACAGAUGACGACUCAGAAAUCAAGAAAAUCAAAAAAGUCCAGAGCUUCCUGCGAGGCUGGAUCUGCAGGAGGAAGUGGAAGACAAUAAUCCAGGAUUACAUCCGCUCACCACAUGCAGAGAGCAUGAGGAAGAGGAACCAGGUGGUGUUCAGCAUGUUGGACUCAGAGGCCGAGUACGUCCAGCAGCUUCACAUCCUGGUGAACAACUUCCUGAGGCCGCUUCGCAUGGCAGCCAGCUCCAAGAAACCGCCCAUCACCCACGAUGAUGUCAGCAGCAUAUUCCUCAACAGUGAAACCAUCAUGUUUCUACAUCAGAUAUUUUACCAGGGUCUUAAAGCCAGAAUAGCGAGCUGGCCAACAUUAGUGCUGGCCGACCUAUUCGACAUCCUGCUGCCCAUGCUGAACAUCUACCAGGAGUUUGUGAGGAACCACCAGUACAGCCUGCAGAUCCUCGCUCACUGCAAGCAGAACAGAGACUUUGACAAGCUGCUGAAGCAGUACGAGGCCAAGCCUGACUGUGAGGAGAGGACUCUGGAGACCUUCCUCACCUACCCAAUGUUCCAGAUUCCCCGCUACAUUCUUACGCUCCACGAACUUCUGGCCCACACACCCCAUGAACAUGUCGAGAGAAACAGUCUGGACUACGCCAAAUCUAAGCUGGAGGAGCUUUCCAGAAUCAUGCACGACGAAGUGAGCGAAACUGAGAACAUCAGGAAGAACCUGGCAAUAGAGCGCAUGAUCGUAGAGGGAUGUGAGAUUCUCCUUGACACCAGCCAGACGUUUGUAAGACAAGGGUCUCUCAUCCAGGUGCCGAUGAGCGAGAAGGGCAAGAUCACCCGUGGGCGACUGGGCUCUCUGUCUCUGAAGAAGGAGGGGGAGAGGCAGUGCUUUCUCUUCUCCAAGCAUUUAAUCAUCUGCACCAGGGGUUCUGGGGGAAAGCUUCAUCUAACCAAGAAUGGAGUAGUCUCGCUUAUAGACUGCACUCUUAUGGAGGACCCUGAGGGGACAGAUGAUGAGUCCAAAUCAGACAAGAGCGGCCAGGACAUGGAGCACCUGGACUUCAAGAUUGUCGUGGAGCCAAAGGACAGCCAGUCAUUCACAGUCAUCCUGGUGGCCUCCUCGAGGCAGGAGAAGUCUGCAUGGACCAGUGACAUCAGCCAGUGCAUAGACAACAUCCGCUGCAAUGGGCUGAUGAUGAAUGCCUUCGAAGACAACUCCAAAGUCACAGUGCCACAGAUGAUCAAGUCAGAUUCAAGUCUGUACUGCGACGAUGUGGAUAUUCGCUUUAGCAAGAUGAUGAACUCCUGCAAGGUGCUGCAGAUCCGCUACGCCAGCGUCGAGCGCCUGCUGGAGAGACUGACCGACCUCCGUUUCCUCUCCAUCGACUUCCUCAACACAUUCCUGCACUCCUAUCGCGUGUUUACCACCGCUGAUGUGGUGCUAGACAAGCUCAUCACCAUCUACAAGAAACCCAUCAGUGCCAUCCCUGCUCGGUCCCUGGAGUUAUUCUUUGCCAGCAGUCAGAACAGUAAACUCCUGUAUGGAGAGCCUCCCAGCUCCCCCAGGGCCAGCAGAAAGUUCUCCUCCCCACCCCCUCUCACUAUCGCCAAGAAUUCAUCCCCAAACCGCCGGCGUAAGCUUUCCCUCAACAUCCCCAUCAUCACUGGGGGCAAAGCUCUUGACCUGGCUGCCCUCAGCUGCUCCUCAAAUGGCUAUGCAAGCAUGUACUCAUCCAUGUCCCCAUUCAGCAAGACCACCUUAGACAUUAACAAACUGUACGUGUCCAGCCCUGUCUCGAGCAAAAUCCCUGAUGAGGGAGAGGACAAGAAGGACAAGGUGGAAGAUACCUCAGUGAGCAAACAAGAUCUCUCUGUACGAGAAGAAAGUGACAAUGAUCAAAACCAGAGUGAUGACGGGGACGCAGAAGCCUCUCCCAUCAAGUCACCAACCACCCCAAAAAACAUCAAAUGCAAAAACUCCUCAGAGUUCUCCCUGUUUUCCUACAACAAUGGCAUGGUGAUGUCCUCGUGUCGAGAAAUGGAUAACAACCGCAGUGCCCUGUCUGCUGCCUCCGCCUUUGCUAUUGCUACAGCUGGAGCCAAUGAGGGCACACCUACCAAGGAAAAAUAUCGGCGGAUGUCCCUCGCCAGUACCGGCUUCCCAACAGAUCAGAGAAAUGGAGAUAAAGAGUUUGUGAUCAGACGAGCAGCAACCAACAGAGUCCUAAAUGUCCUGAGGCACUGGGUGUCCAAACACUCUCCGGACUUUGACAGUAACAAUGAGCUGAAGACUAAAGCUAUUGCCUUCCUGGAGGAAGUGAUGCAUGACCCUGAGCUGUUGACCCAGGAGAGGAAAGCAGCAGCCAACAUCAUCAGGACUCUAACUCAGGAAGAUCAUGGUGACAAUCAGAUCACCCUCGAAGACGUGACACAACUGAUUGGAGAAGGGAAGGUCGAGCCCUUUGAGAGCCACUCUGCGUUAGAGAUCGCAGAGCAGCUAACUCUACUGGACCACUUGGUGUUUAAAGUCAUCCAAUAUGAGGAAUUCUUUGGACAAGGAUGGAUGAAGAAUGACAAAAAUGAGAAGACACCGUACAUCAUGAGAACAACAAAGCACUUCAAUGAUAUAAGCAACCUUAUUGCCACAGAGAUCCUGCGCUGUGAGGACGUGGUCACUCGCGUCGUGGUUUUAGAGAAAUGGGUGGCUGUCGCCGACAUCUGUCGCUGUCUCCACAACUACAACGCCGUGCUCGAGAUCACCUCGUCCCUCAACCGCAGCUCUGUCUUCCGCCUCAAGAAGACCUGGCUUAAGGUUUCCAAGCAGACAAAAGCAUUGAUUGACAAGCUGCAGAAGCUGGUCUCAUCAGAGGGGAGGUUCAAAAACCUGAGAGAGGCUUUGAAGAAUUGUGAUCCUCCCUGUGUGCCCUAUCUGGGGAUGUACCUCACAGACCUGGCUUUCAUUGAAGAGGGAACGCCAAACUACACCGAAGACAACUUGGUCAACUUCUCGAAGAUGAGAAUGAUUUCUCACAUCAUCAGAGAAAUCAGGCAGUUUCAGCAAACAGCAUACAAGAUUGACCUGCAACCAAAGGUAGCCCAGUAUCUUCUGGAUAAUAGCUUUGUUCUGGAUGAAGAGAGCAUGUACGAAGCCUCACUCAGAAUUGAGCCUAAAGUGCCCAACUGAUGGGGAAGUUGGUCCUCCACAUUAUUUUCUCUGUUAAUAUUACACAUCAGUUAACAUACACAUUACCUUUUGUAUAGUUGUACAUGUUUACGAUAUUUGCUCUACUGUACAGUAGAUGUUUAAGGUUGUUUGACGACACAAAACCUUUCAGUGUAUAUUUUUUGUUUGUUACAGUUGCCACCUGCUUUUUAAUUUCUUUUAGGGUAUUUCAAGCAUAAUAACAGAGGUCCCAUCGGUUGCACACAACUGUGUCUUCUAAGUGACCAAUGACAUUAUUUUGCAUCAUCUCAUAAUGUGUUGACUUUGCACUUUCUGAGCACUCGCGCUGCCGGCUGUUGUUCUCUUUGCUUGAGUUUAAUCGAUGACUGAGUUUCUCUGCACCCAAUGUAGCAUUGUAAAAAUGUAACUGUAUCAAAUCAGGUUAAAGAGCACAGAGAAUAUAACUGUAUUUAAAGAUAGGGCACAAUGAUCAGUGGAGCUGAUAGCGAGGUACCUGAAGCGUUACUGUCUCUGUGCUUCCCAAACCAAAACCAGAGGGAUUUGUUUAUUUUUGUCUGCUCACUUCUCUAAAGUUAGAGGUUCCCAACCGUUUGUUUUGCUCUGCGGACCGUUUUUAUACCGACAGCGUCAUUGUGGAUCAGCCAAAUGGGCGGGACCGUGGAGGAAACCUAGAGGGAAAACAAAGCAAAAAUAUUGCUGAUGGGGAUGUUUUUAGUUUUGCAAGUAUUUGAUCAUAAAGAAUUGGACCAAUUUACAUUUUGAUAUGACGAUAGAUGAAAUGUGAGGGGAUCACCAAAGUUAUUAUUAUUCAUCCUGAGUGGGACAUUGCUAUCAGAACCAAAUCCUCUGGGAACCGUGGAUAUUUGAACCAAAAUUCAACCCAAUCCAUCCAAUAGUUAGUGAAAUAUUUCGGUUUGAAUCAAAGUGGUGGUGACAAACAGACCGACAGUGCCAUCUCUAGAGCAAUGAUGCUAGCAUUGCUAAAAAAAUGUUUUAUCGUUGUUGAGAACGUGAGAGGGGAUGGUGAAAAAUGUCGAAAACAGAAAGUAUUUUAUAAUUAUUGUUUUUUUGCAGAAUCAUACCGUUUCUUUGCUCCCCGGUAACAAAUCUUUCGAGGGCCGGUGACGAUCCACAGAGGUUGGGAACCUCUGCUUUAAGAUACUUGUCUUCAUUAGCCUAAAAUUGACAACAUUUUUUUUAUUGUAAAGCGAUACACUCUUCAUCUUAGCCUUUUGCCACACAAGCUUCCCAAACUCACCUCAGUUGACUUUGUCUAAUCAGUUAUAAACCGUGUGACAACACACAGUGAUAAAGAAAAUAGAGUAAAAGGUUGUUGCUCUUCUGUAAUUAAAAGACAAUCUGUCCUUUUGCUGUUCCAGUGAUUGUGGAACGUGACUGUAUAUCACUCUGUUAUAUGCAUUGCUGUUUAAAACUAUGAUAAAAACGUAUGUGAAUGACCUCUGCCUGCAGCAUUCAAACACUAUUUUUGUAGUAGUAUAAGAGAGAGUGACCUGCUCUUUAUAUGAACAUGGGAAAGUAUUUUGUACUUUGUUGUUAAUUCACCUCACUGAGAUGUGCUGUACAUUUUGUACAUGCAACCCUGCAUAUUUCUCAACGUGGAACAGUGUAAUCCUUUCAAAAAAAAGUUGUAUCUCAAGCUUAAAUACGAAACGCUACAACAGUGUGAUCCUGAAACCAUGACUUAGAGGUAGGAGACAACUUCAAAGUGUUUUGCAUUUAUACUGUAAUCCUGUCUAUAACCAUUUCUGUUAGCAGGAAUAUAGUAACGUAGUGCUUAUUCUGUGAAUAUUUGUAUGUAUUUUUACUAUGUAUGUACAGUACACUUUUGAAGCUCAUGUGGCAGGCAUGCAACACCUUCACAGACAGAAUAAUACUAUAUACUUAUACUGUAUACACUUAUACAUGCACAUACUCUUAUAAGGUAUAUAAACAAAUAAACAUUUUGCUGUUAGCAAUACCCAGUGGUAUGAAAAUUAUCUUUCAACCCUCAUGUUUCCACACCUUAAGAAAUAUUCCCAGUUUUGUAAAAAAUGAAAAGACGACAAAGGAAAAUAUACAGUAUUAUGAUGAUAAUAACGACAAAUAAACAAAAACAUGUUUCCCAGUUACCUCUUGCUAAUAAAUCCAUUUUAUAUCAGGGGCAUUUUGUCUCAAGUGUUUUUGCAGAUCAUCUAUCAGUUGACAUCAUGCUCGCUCGGAAUGAAAUAAAAUACAAUCUGCAAGUAUUUAUUAUCACCAGCAUCUCUCUGUCCCAGCAAACGUUGACGUGGCCUACAGUGGACAACAGUGUAAAAUCUCAGCUUUAUCUAAAAGGGGGAAAACAAACAACCAUAUUCAGAAUUCACAAUUUUCACAAAGGCAUAAACUUGCAUAACAUGUGCAUUUGUUACAUGUUAGUUUGGGCCAAUGCUGAAACACAAGUCACCAUCAGGAUAUAAUAUGUCACUAUGAGUUUUACAAUAAAUCAAUAAAUCACUUUAGGUCAUAAUUUUAGGUCUGGAGGUUUUACAGUCAGGGUCUGUUAUCUCUUUGUAUUUAUUUAUU